UCUUUGGGAGGAAUUUUGCCUUGGAUUCUUUAAAAUAAGCUUUUAAAAAUAAUAAUAAUGGAUAAAGAUCAAGAAAACAUGAUAAAAGAGAUCCUUCAACUGAAAGAGGAGAAUAAGUUGCUUCAGGAAGAGAAAGCGAAUCUCAACAAUGAUCGUGAACUGGCUGGUGAACUUGGCAAGACUUUGCUUGAACAAAAUAAGGAGUUGGAAUCCAAGUUAGAAGAGAUUAACUCCGAGUAUACUUCUGCUAUAACUAAAAUGGAGGAAAUCAAACAACAAAACCAUACUUUUCGAACAAGGUUAGAAACAGAAUCCAGAGCCAAAGAACAUCAUAUAUUCGAGAUCGAAAAUAUCAAGGAAAGACUCCAGAAACAGUUUGAAGAAGAGAGUAAAAUGACUCAGAUAACCAAUGAGAGGAAAGUGAAGGAACUGCGCAAGGAAAUAGAUUCUCUUCAAUCAGACUUCAAUAAGCAUUUGAUGAUGGAGUCGCAACUGAAGGAGAAGAUUGAACAACAAGAUGAAAUGCUGGAAAAUGUUCGUAAAUAUAACAAACAACUCCAGUUUGCUGCUAACUUUGAGACUGAUUUAGAGGAACAGAGGAGAAUAUGUACAGAUCUACAGCUAGAAAGAGAUUCUUUAGUGAUGGCCAUGAGUGACUUGAAGAACAUACAAGAACAGCUAAAGUUUGAUAACAGAGCUAUCCUGGAAAAAUAUGAAUCACUCGAGGAAGAAAUGCAAGAGAAAAUUCGGCAAGCACAAACAUGGUACAACUGCCUUCAGGAAGCACGACAAGAAGCUGGAGAGUUGAAGGCUGAGUUAGAUUCACUGAAAGCUGAUGUCGCAAGUAAAAACUUCAAGGAGAAAGGAAACUCACUAUUUGGGGAGGUGGAGGACCGAAGGCUGGAACUAGAGAGAAAGUACCUCACUAUGCAGACACAACAUGAAUGUCUGCUGAAGACACAUAAUAUCACUAAACAACACUUACACAAGUUGAAGAACCAAGUGGCAGCACUCCUGCAGGUGAGAGGUAACACUGCAGAUGUGUCACAGUUACAGCGCCUUCAAAAGGCUCUGGAUCGUAAAGAAGGUGAGGUCAAGAUACUGAAUAUAAAGCUCAACAGUUUGGAGAAAAAGCAGGCUGAGAAUAGCUUAUCUGGUCGACUAAAGGAAUUCCACGAUGCAUUUUCUGACUUUGGAGACAAAAAAGAUUAUGUUAAUUUCUUGGAGCUACAGUUGGAGGAUACCAAAAAGAAGACUGCGGAUCUGCAAAAAGAGCUACAAACCAAGACCUUGGUUCAGUUAGGAGAGAGUGAACGGCUGCGUCAUUCAGAAACUCAGUUAUACAAUGCUGAGAGCAACUUAGAAAAGCUAAAAACAGAAAAUAUGAGGCUAAAACUUCGAAUUGAAGACCUAAGAAUGAAACUUAUGAAACUUCAGAAAGAGAUGAAGACUAAAGCAACAGGAGAAGCUGAAGUAAAACCCAACAAAACAAGCAAACAGACCGUCAAACAAGUAAUGCCUAAAAGCAAAUCAAUGUCAUCAAUCAACAAGAAAAUAUUAUGCAUACAGCAACCACUGGAGAUGAUUGUCUCCUCUCCUGCACCUAAAGCACCUCAAGAAACCUCCACUACAACUGAAAAACCACAAGAAAUACAUGUACCAGUACCACCUCACAACAAUGAAACGAAAACAUCAGCAUCUGUUAAACCAGUACAGAAGGUAAUUCCCAUAGUGAAGACCAAAACCACUCCAGAAAACAACCAAGAAACCAAUCUGAUAUCACAGAGCUUGUUUGAUGAGACUGCAGAAGCUUAUGGUAUCACUCAGGAAACUAGUACAAUGUCUGCUAGUUUGUUUGAUGAGAUAGCUGCAGUUGAUCAAGGCGGUGUCGGUUCACCGGUAGAGAGUCAAAGUGGACUAAGAGACCCCCAAGCGAAUCAUGUAAGGAUUCACAAUGACAUAUCAGUGGACAAGGAGAGAGAGGAACAAGAUGAAACAAAAGAAAACUCAUGUCUACAGCAGAAGAAAACAGUGCAGUUCAAAACCUCAGGAGACAGUAGUUCUUCUGUCAACAACAAGAAAGUGCUUGGGGUCAGGGGACAAAGACAGGCUCCCGCUGUCAUAAAUGUUGGAAAAGGAGCCACUAAAAAUGAAUGUGCUCAGCAAUAAUAUAUUGAAUAAUAUUAAUACUAAUAGCUUGAUCAAUCUCUCAUGUUGAUGAACAUUUGUACAUAAACAUAUAAUAGAGGGGUGUGUUUCAUGCCAGCAAUGUUUUAGGACAGGAACAGUGCUGCAAUGAUUUUGUAUGUUGAAGAGAUUUGAUUUCCUGGGCCAUGUUGUGCAAAGGGUGGAUAAUGCUAUGUGACAGAUAAAUCCUUAUCCAGUGCAAAAAGUCGAUGCUGGUAUCCAAUAAAAUUAUCCGCUGGAUACAAUUUAUCUCUCAGAUACAGUAGCACYAUCCAUUCUUCGUACAACUGGGCCCAAGAGGAUGGAGAUAUUUUCAAAUGUUURCCCUGCAGCAUGGCUGUGGUAACACACCUCUGUUUACUGACUACUCCUACUAUGGCCACACGACCCCACCCCAAGGAAUGAUAAGGGUAUGGUAGAGAUAUAAUUUCUAUCUUGCAUGGAUAUGAUUGAGAGAAAAAGAAUUCAAGAAUCAUAAACCAGCUUGUUGGUAUUUAUUGCGUUACAAUAUCAUUAGUAAUAAAUUUAAAGUAAAAACGAAAUAUUGUUAAUAGUUAAUAUCAAUGGAUUUUUCACAAAUCAAUAUAUUAAACAUAUAUUCCACACUAUAAUAAUUAGUAUAUUAACUUUUUUGGUCAAUAAAUUAAAUCAAGUUAGUGUGAGUAUGGUCUUUUAAAAGUUUGAUUCCAAGAUGUAAUGAUUGUUAAGGAAAGCAUUGUGGGUGGCCAAUAGAGAAGCAAUUUUGGACAAAAAUUAAAUAAAAUACACAAAGCACUUUGCCUGAAAUUGCCAAACUCCCACAGCUGCCCAUGGUAUUUUUGACUGUGAUCAUCACAUUUCAGAAUCAAUCUAUUAGCAACCUCUUACCAUACAUCACCGUUCGAGUGCACCUUAUUUUCUAAGAAUGACUGCUUUUUCAAACACAUCAAAAAACAAAUGAUAUCCCAGCUGCUUAUAAAGGGCUUUCAAAUGAAAUCAAUUCAAGUACCUUCUUUUAAGCCUCAUAGGAGAGUACUUAUAGUAAAAUAAAUUGCAAGCUAACUUA